AUGGCUUCGGCAACGGGCAUCACGCCUGCACAAGAAACGGCCUUCCGCCAUGGCACAUUUCAGGGAAAGCAAUUGACGCCCCAGCAGCGCGAGGAGCUGAUGAAACCUUUCCUGCCAUCCGAGCCCAUCUCAUCUUCGGACAAAGAGACCAAGAAAGCACCUCCUCGACGCCGCAAAUCAGUCCCCAAGAAGCGAACAGGGCCCUUACGCGCAUUCAUACAUUUCCUCGUAUAUCACGUCGUUGCACUGCUCUUCUCUGUCUUCUUCCGCUUCCGACGCGCCUACAGACUCGUCACAGGCAAGAUCGUGGAACUGCUCAAGUACCACCACCGUACCCCAGAGUUCAUUGCGCACGACGUCAAGAAGCUCCAAAAGCUGCCCAAACAUUUGAGUGUUAUUGUGGACUACCAGGAAGACGAUGAACAUCAGGGAAACGCAGGCUUGGAAGGGCUGGUAAACGACGUAUGCGAAAUCGCAGCAUGGGCUGCAUCAGCUGGAAUCCCGUUUCUGAGCGUGUACGAGAGGACUGGUGCGCUUAAGAACUACCUGCCUCAAACCCACGCGAGCAUUUGGAACACCCUCGAAGCCUACUUCGGCCCACAUCGCAAGCCUACUCUCUCUCUGCGCGCACCCCACCUCAGCACCUACUCCCCGCCCAACACACCCCUAGAGACCGCAGACUCGAACGGUGACCUCAAGGAAGAGCGUCAGCACCUUACUGUCCUGCUGCUCUCCGAGCAUGAUGGCCGCGACACCAUUGUAGACCUGACCAGGACGCUGGCAGAGAUGGCGCAGAAGGGCGACGUACGACAAGAGCAGAUUAACAUGGAAUUGAUUGACGUGCAACUGAGCGACCAUGUGAGCAGCGAGCCGGAUCUGUUGAUCUUGUUCAGUCCGACGGUGCAACUGAAAGGCUAUCCCCCAUGGCAGUUGCGAUUGACAGAGAUAUUUCAUCUACCUGACAAUAAAGGUGUCAAUUACCAGGUCUUCCUGAGGGCGCUGUACAACUUCGCAAAGGUCGAGAUGCGUCUUGGAAGGUAG